CGGGCAGGCCCCGCCCCCCGGAGAAGAGGGACCGGCGCAGCGCUUCCGGGAGCCCGGGGGCUGUGGCCAAUACCGGUAGCCCGAGGGACCUCUCUGGGAGUCUCGGACGUGAAGCCGGAGGCCCCACUCUCCGCGAGGUCUCAUCAUCUGUCCCUUUGGUGACCCUGGGAGUUCCAUCUUGGACCUCUUCUCACUCCACACAUUCUGCCUUGCUGGUUUCACCCUCUCUCGAGACCUGAAGAACUCGCUAGCGGCUGAUGACCAGAUUUCUGAGCCCGGAUUUCUCUCUGAGGCUUAGAUCCGUGUGGCCCCAACUCUGCCCCUUCUCUCAUUUUGGGGUCUUUGUACCUGCUGCUUAUUCUGCCUGGAAUGUUCCUUCCCUCAACUAGUUCAUUUGUCUGGCCCACCUUCCCCUGCAAGCCCUCUCUGCUGCGGCCGGCUCCGGGUUUCAGUUAGACGCCUCUCCCAUCUGCCUCCAGUCUCAACUCUUCUCACACCACAGGAGUGCUCUGUUUCUUUGCCUCUCUCGCCCAGGAACUUGUAAACUCCCUGAGGAAGGAGCCGGCAAGAGGGAGAGUUGAAGAGAUGGAAGAGAUGACAUGAGAUCCCCAGGAAGCUGAAGGAGAUAGGAUUUGACCCAGAGCCCAGGGAGAAGACAGGAGGAUUGUACAGUGUUUUCAGGAAGGGAAGUGAAGGGUUGGAGCACGAGCAGGGGGAAGAAGUGCAUAGGAGCCCAGAUGCCCGUCCAGCCUCCAAGCAAAGACACAGAAGAGAUGGAAGCAGAGGGCGACUCAGCCGCCGAGAUGAAUGGGGAGGAGGAAGAGAGUGAGGAGGAACGGAGCGGCAGCCAGACCGAGUCAGAGGAGGAGAGCUCAGAGAUGGACGACGAGGACUAUGAGCGGCGCCGCAGCGAGUGCGUCAACGAGAUGCUGGACUUAGAGAAGCAGUUCUCGGAGCUGAAGGAGAAGUUGUUCAGAGAACGACUGAGUCAGCUGCGGCUGCGGCUGGAGGAAGUGGGGGCUGAGAGAGCGCCCGAGUACACAGAGCCUCUGGGGGGGCUGCAGCAGAGCCUCAAGAUUCGCAUUCAGGUGGCAGGGAUCUACAAGGGCUUCUGUCUGGACGUGAUCAGGAAUAAGUACCAGUGUGAGCUGCAGGGAGCCAAGCAACACCUAGAGAGUGAGAAGCUCCUGCUGUAUGACACCCUGCAGGGCGAGCUGCAGGAGCGGAUCCAGAGGCUGGAGGAGGACCGCCAGAGCCUGGACAUCAGCUCUGAGUGGUGGGAUGACAAGCUGCACGCCAGAGGCAGCUCGAAGACGUGGGACUCUCUGCCACCCAGCAAGAGGAAGAAGGCUCCCCUCGUUUCUGGCCCUUACAUCGUGUACAUGCUGCAGGAGAUCGACAUCCUGGAGGACUGGACGGCUAUCAAAAAGGCUAGGGCAGCUGUGUCCCCUCAGAAGAGAAAAUCAGAUGGACCAUGACUCUGCUGUUCACAGCCGAGGGGCCCCUCGGAGCAGCUGGCACCAAACCCAGGAUUUGCAUUUUCCUGCUGCCGCAACACAGACUGACAGGCCCCUAGGGGUCUGCCCCGCCGGCUCUCCAGCACUGCUGCUGGGCCCUCCCAUCCAGCCACCACUGGUCUGGACUCCUCCUCUGCCCCUCCUCGGGGGCCUGUACAGCUGUGGCCUGGACCUGCCCUCGCCAGGCAAGACUGUCUCCUCCAUCCCCAGCGAGCCCACCACCUCCCCCCCACCACGAAGGCCAGCCUCCUCGGUGCCCUCCCUGACAGAGAAGACGUCCCUCAUCUUAAGCCAAAGCAAUGUCCUUCUUGCUGACCUUGGACCCGGCCCCCUAGUCACUGAGCCAGUGAGCAGGGCCCUGCUUCGUGGGAACUCGGUCCUGGAAAUUAUAUUUUGGGGGCCUGUCUGUCCUGGCUGUUGCUGGAGGUGAGAAGGCAGGCUCCCCAGGUCUUCUCGAGGCAGUUCUUGGUGUCUUCCUCCCGGAUUUCGGGGACUGGAAUUAAAACCUUUCCUGAGA